AUGGCUCGUACAAGAAGAAGAACACAACAAAACGCGUAUGCUGAAACGACAAAUGAUGGUGUAAGAAAUGAACCACUGAACGAUCGGCCUGGAACUAGUGAAAAGACAAAUGAUGGUUUAGAAUCUAAACGAAAGAACAAUCAACCUGUAGGUGCAGGAUCUGAAAUUGCGACAAAAAAACCUGGUGUUGCGUUCUUGGAUACAGUCAAGUGUGAACAAAGUCGGUUACAUUACCCAGAUAUUCCACCAACUUUAUUUCCAUAUUAUUAUCAAAAACCACCUGUAUCAACUAGAUAUAAUCAAAAACGACUACCACCUGUGUUAACUCGAAUUAAUUCUGAUACUGAGAAAUGA